GACUAACGCGGACUUGUUUUCCCUUUUGUACUGUAGCAAUGUGUCAAAAAAAAUAUCAAAUGGAAUCUGGUGCUGCAGCCUGUAAAGUCGGGGACUUGUAAAAAAUGAAAAAAUAUUCAUCGCAUCGUAUCCAUCCAUCCCACACCCGUGUCGUGCACUCGUGUCCUCUCCCCUCCGGUUCCGGUUCUAAUAGCCACAGGCACUCACGCACCCACCAGUCUCUCUCCUCUCUCAUUUCUUCAGUUCCUCUGAAGCCGUGCUUGCGGCGUAUCUAGAUCACCGGCGAUGGCGGACUCGCCGGAUGAUUCUUCGAGGUAUCCCGGAAACGGCAAGGACAUGGAGGACAUUACAUCCUCUGUUGCCAAUGCAAGUAGCUCUUCAGGCUCAGGUUACUGCAUUCCUGGCAAAGGGUUGUCUAAAGUGACCACAUUGCCGGCAGACAUAUCACAAGAUAAAUCGGAGUCAAGUUCAAGUAAGUUUAAGAUGGAAAGGUCAAAAACAGAGAGGCAGAGACACCUAAGUCCUGAAGAUGCAGCACAAAUUUUUGAUGACAAAGUUCCUAUCCAAGAGAAGCUUAAAUUGUUGAACAGAAUUGCUACUAUAAAAGACGAUGGAACUGUAGAAUUUGAAGUUCCUGUAGAUGUUGAACCUGAGGCUAAUUUUGCUCGAUCCAAACAAGUAAAUCAUGUCGUUGAUGACUCACUUGAUGCAACAGACUUUCAUUACAUCCCACCAUUGAAUAUAGUGAUGCUUAUUGUUGGUACACGAGGAGAUGUGCAACCCUUUAUUGCAAUAGGCAAACGCAUGCAGGACUAUGGGCAUCGUGUUAGAUUAGCAACCCAUUCAAAUUUUAAGGAGUUUGUUUUGACAGCUGGGUUGGAGUUUUAUCCAUUAGGCGGUGAUCCAAAAGUUCUUGCUGGUUAUAUGGUUAAAAAUAAGGGAUUUCUGCCAUCGGGACCUUCUGAGAUACCUAUUCAGCGAAAUCAAAUGAAAGAAAUUAUUAACUCUCUGCUUCCAGCCUGUAAAGAACCUGAUAUUGAUUCUGGUGUCCCAUUUAAAGCUGAUGCAAUCAUUGCUAACCCCCCUGCAUAUGGACAUACCCAUGUGGCAGAGGCACUUAAAAUUCCAAUUCAUAUUUUUUUCACAAUGCCAUGGACGCCAACCACCGAAUUUCCGCAUCCGCUGUCACGUGUAAAGCAACAGGCUGGUUAUAGGCUUUCAUAUCAAAUAGUUGACUCUUUGAUUUGGCUCGGAAUACGCGACAUGAUUAAUGAUCUUAGGAAGAAAAAGUUGAAGCUACGACCAGUCACAUAUUUAAGUGGCUCACAAGGCUCUGAAACUGAUGUUCCACAUGCAUAUAUAUGGAGUCCUCAUCUUGUUCCUAAACCAAAAGAUUGGGGACCAAAAAUUGAUGUAGUAGGGUUUUGCUUUCUUGAUCUUGCGUCAAACUAUGAACCACCAGAGUCCCUUGUAAAAUGGCUUGAAGAAGGUGACAAACCUAUUUACAUUGGAUUUGGUAGCCUGCCUGUUCAAGAACCAAAAAGGAUGACACAAAUAAUUGUAGAUGCAUUGGAGAUCACUGGACAGAGGGGCAUCAUCAAUAAAGGAUGGGGAGGUCUUGGGAAUUUGGCAGAACCAAAGGACUCUAUAUACUUAUUGGAUAAUUGCCCGCAUGAUUGGCUUUUCUUGCGUUGCAAGGCUGUGGUUCAUCACGGAGGUGCUGGAACAACAGCUGCCGGGCUCAAAGCUGCUUGCCCAACAACCAUAGUUCCUUUUUUCGGCGAUCAACCAUUUUGGGGUGAGAGAGUACAUGUUAGAGGAGUUGGUCCUCCACCUAUCCCAGUUGAUGAGUUUUCGCUUCCCAAGUUAGUUGAUGCAUUAAAACUUAUGCUGGAUCCCAAGGUAAAGGAACGUGCAAUUGAACUUGCUAAGGCCAUGGAAAAUGAGGAUGGAGUGACAGGAGCUGUGAAAGCAUUUUUUAAACAGCUUCCUCAAAAAAAACCAGAGCCUGAUGCAGAUCCGCAACCCACUAGUUUUUUCUCUGUAGGAAGAUGUUUUGGUUGUUCCUGAUUCAAAUGCAGUGGGUGAAACCCCACUUUUUGGUUAUUAAUGGUGUAAAUCACAAAUAGUUCUGCAUCUAUGGGAUGUGCCGACUUGUCACCCUGUCAUGUGAUUGUAUAAUUUCAUGCAUCCUUCUAUUCGUACUAUUUAGCUUGAGAUUCAACUUGUAUGUAAACUAGCAUAAUACCCGUGUGUUCGCCGGGUAAUGUUGGAUUUUAUUUGUAUUUUAAAACUACUUUUACAUAUAUACCUAAAAUAAUAUAUUAUUAUUA